AUGAGUAGUUCAGAACAGUCGCCUCUUCUACUGCCAACAAACAAGCAAUACAACACCGUUGGCUUGAACCAAAUCAGUUCUUCAACAGAUGAGGAAACCUCAGAACGAAAAGCAAUGGUAGCAACUUGGACUAUGGCUGCAAUCAUUGUUGUGAUUAUGACGUUUGCCAUGACGGAAUCUUCCAGUGCACACAAACGCUCAGCGCAACACGCUGCAAAAGUGGACCAAGUUAAAACAGUUUAUUCACAUCGGUCCCCUCAGGAUGCUGCCAACGCCAAAUUGUUCCGUGACGAAGAGCUGAAACGGGCCAGUGUCGAUUCCUUUAUUGAAGCCUUUGCCAAGGAAACCACGCAGAGUUUUUCCACGCACCUCUACAGAGGAUCCCGCGAAAAACUACGCCGCCUGUUGUACCUCAACACGACGUCCGCCUAUCACGAUUUGGUGACGGAUCGCAAAUCGUCGGCAUUGGACUUUUAUCAAUAUGUCCAAGGAGGUUGGGAUGCCCAGAUCAAUCAGGGAUACUGCCCUGUUGCUGCUGCUGCUGCCGUAUUGAACUCGUUGCGUGGGCACAUUGAACUACCUCAAGAUCCACUGUACAUACCAUAUCCAUGGGCAACCCAGUUCCAACUCCUACAUGAUACAUGUGUGAAAGAGACUGUGCUGGAUGUGGAAGAUCCUAGAGUCGUUUGGGUUGGUUUGCCCUUGGAGAUGGCGGCUGGCAUUCUAGAGUGUCAUUUGUCGCCUCAAGGAUACACGGUUGAAAUCUAUCACAUUGAUCCAGCCAAGAUUGACAAGUACACUACCAAGAAACUAAUUCGAGAUGCUGUAUUGGAUCCCAAGGCGCGGGUCAUGAUCAACUACGACCGUGGUAACAUCGGGCAAGGUGAUCCGGAACAUGGUCAUUUCUCUCCCAUUGGUGCUUACAACUACAAGAAGGAUGCUUUCUUGAUCAUGGAUGUUGCCAAGUACAAAUUUCCGCCUGUUUGGGUCCCAUCAGCCAAUCUCUACUAUGGAGUUAGUACAAUAGACAAUUGUGCCGGCUUUGAAUAUCCUCAAGAUGCACGAGUUACAGAAGAAUUAGAGGCAGAAAACCCACCGAAUUUCACAAGAUGGUAUGAAGCACUUCAGUGCGAACCCAAGUAUCGUGGUGUCAUUAUUGUCAAGCCCAGAAAAUAG